AUGAAACAAUUCUCAACGGUGUCAGGAAGUCCAAUCACCAUUGGUUUAGGCACAGGAACUGCAGUCAAGAACUUAAAACGUUCCAAUCCUGAUGAUAAAGAAAAACUGGAUGAAAUCGUCAAGAUCUUAAACUAUGCUGUAAAAGAAGCAGGAUAUAAUCAUAUAGAUACUGCUGAAAUUUAUUUGACUCAUCAGGAAGUUGGUAGGGUGUUAAAAGAAUCUGGAAUCUCGAGAGACAACCUUUGGAUAAGUACGAAAUAUUCCGUACAUUCUUCAAUGGUUCAAAAGAAAUAUUUCACACCAACUGAUUUUAUUAAUGAUACUUUGAAAGAGUUUGAUACUGAUUAUAUUGAUUCGUUAUUGAUUCAUCACCCAUUCUUUCAUCCUAGCCAAUCCACAAAGAAAUAUACUUUAGCUUCACUUUGGGAAGAGUUUAUUCAAAUCAAGAAAUCAGGUAAAGUUAGAUAUAUUGGAGUAUCAAAUUGUAAUGUACAACAACUACAACAAUUGAUGGCAAUAAGUGAUAAUCUCGGAGGAAAAGAAUUCUAUCCUGCAAUUAAUCAAAUUGAGUUCCAUGCAUGUUUACAAAAUCAAUCACCUGGUAUUGUUAAGUUUUGUCAAGAGAAUAAUAUCCAAGUACAAGCUUAUAGUCCGUUAACUCCCUUAGUUAAAGUGGGGGACGGGAAUCCAAUAAUGCAACAUUUGUUGCUGAGUUUAGAAGGGAAAUACAAGAAAACAAAGGCACAACUCUUGCUUCGUUAUUGUUUGGAGAAGGGCAUAUUACCAAUAACUACAUCAUCCAAACAAGCAAGAUUACUGGAAUUUAUAGACAUUUAUGAUUUUACAAUUGCUCGUGAAGAUAUUGAACAAAUUGAUUCCGCUGGGUCCAAGACUCCUUAUCAAGUUUAUUUUAAUGGUCUUUUCUAA